UUUCCUCCUCUUCUUCCUGGUUGUCUUUCUUUCUUUUCUUCUUUUUCUUUCUUUCUUUCUUCUUCAGACCCACUCACCAUGUUCAUCCACGCAUAAAUAUAUCCCCAGAAACAGAAACCCACUCCUCAUUUUCAUGAUUUUGGUCUUUAAUUUAAGGAUUCCUGGGUUUGGAUUUGGGUUUUCUGUGUUUGUGAGUUUAAGUUGGCAAUUUUGGAUCACCGAUCUGAAGAUUUUGUGUUGGUGUGCUUGGGUUUUCUGUGUUUGUAGUUGUGGUUUGAAGCUUGGGCUAUGAUGGAGGUGGGUUUGUGUGGUUGGUGGUGGUAUUGAUGAUUGAAAAUUUUUUCUUUUUGUGGCUGUAGCUGAUGGUUGGAUUUUCUUUUGGGUUAGAUUUAUUUUUUCGUUUUGUGGCCGUUGGUGGUGUUGACAGUGGUGGGUUCUGAGUUUGCCAUUGUAUAUAUGGUUUUCGGUCUGUGGGUAAGAGAAAAAAAAUUUGAAAUUUGGAAUAGGGAAGAGGGAAAAUAUGUGCUAUGAGUAAGAGAAAAAAAUUCAUGGAGAAACGGUGAAGUGGGAGGGAACCAGUCCCUUGCUGGGUUAUGUGAAAUGGGUUUUAUGGUGUACAGAGGCGUGAAAUCAGUUGUUGGGUUUUGUGAUGGGAAGGAAGAGCAGUAAAAUGAAGAGAGAGAAUGUCACGUGCGGGUACCCAUAUGACCGUUCUGUGUAGUGUCAGUGGUGGGGUCCAUGGGUUUGGGGAAAAGUUGUAGAGAUAUAUAACUGAGAACUGAGUCCAAACAUGUGUUUUGUAAUUUUUGAGUGAAGGUGAGGUUUGAGAAUUGAGUUAUGAGUUUUGGGUUUGAGUUAUGGGUUUUGAAAAUCGAGAUAUGGAAAUUGAGUUAGCUCUAAACCAAACGGGCCCUUAGUCAUUCAUUGUUUCAACUUCCAAUUCGUUUAACACAUGGCCAAAAGAAAAAGUCUUCCCUACCAUCUGCUCUUUUUGACUUUGCACUAUUUAGUAUCUAAUAGAGUGCCUCUCUGUUUCUCUCAAAAAAUCUUUAACUCACUUUCGUUAAAUCUAAGAUUAGAGUUCAUUCACCUUUUUUAUUUUUCCAGAGAAAGAAGCAAAAGAAGGAAGAUGAUACCGACUUCGGCAUCAAUAACGAAAAAAAGUCCCCUCCCACAAACAAUGCCUCCGAUGGGUUCUAUUCUUUCUCUAAUUUUUUUUUAGAGAUGAAGAGGAAUCUUUUCCCAAUCUAGAGUCUCUAAUUUCAUCAAAUCAAGUGAGUGUACCAAAACUAAAAAGAGAGACAGACACACGUUAAAUGAAGAAGAUGAAGGGGCUAUAGAAACAGAGGCCGGCGAAAAAAAAAGGAAAAGAAGAAGAAAUGCAUAGCAGAGACAAAUACGAAGUAGAGGAGGAAAAACCGAGUUAGACGGCGCCCACAAGUUGAACUUGGGGAGUUCAGCUUUCUUGAGAAAAUUUUUUCUAUGACCCAAUCGGAGGAAAGGACUUGGGCAAAAUUAGUUACACUUAAUACCAUCCAUUGGUAUUGUGACGGACUUGAGCCAACGCCAGCAGCCGUCAAAUAUGAAGCAAAAAUCAGCAGACGUAAAUCCGUCGUCCUCAUUUUAUUUGAACGGUCUUCAUUUUUAUUUUAGUAGUUAACUUCACCCGUUCACAUUUUCAGAAAUGGACGAUGCUAAGAGGAGAGCACUAAUUAGGUCGCAAGCUGCCAAGAAAAAGGAGACCGGCGACGUGGCUCCUAAGGGGAUGGGCUCAAGCAACCCGUCCAUAAAGAGGAAGCAACUGCCUGAAGGGGACCGUCCUGCUAAGAAGCCCAAAGUCCCUUUGGAGCCCGUUGUAGGGCUAAUGGCUGAGAGUGCGAAGACGGUCACCCUAGUGAAGCACAAGGCUGGCAAAGGCCCUAUGAAGGCUCCGUCCACCAAUCAAGAGAAGCCACUCGUCCUCCUCCGCAAAGAUUCUAAACAUGCCUUGGAGCAGCUCUUGUCCAUCAUUUCAUCGGAGGAUUAUGAGGACUUGGGCAACCACUCCACAGAAGCCAUGGGGGAGACAGGCCAUGGUUAUGAUGAAAGGGCUGAUGGGAUGCUGUCUUACCCACAAGACAGCCCUGGAGCGUGUACGGGCAAAGGCAGAGCAGAUGGAGGAUGAUCUGAACCAACUACAAAGUUGGAAAUCCAAAAUGGAGAAAAAGUUCAAACUUUCGGAGAGGGUAAGAAAAGAUCUUAAGCAGAGCACGAAGGAGGCGAAGAAGGCCUUUGAGGGUAAGGACAAGGAGGUACAGGACCUGAAAGAUAGGCUCCGUCAGGCUAAGGAGGUGGCGAUAUGGGAGUACCGUGACUCCGACACCUUGCUGUCAAAGCUAGGAGACUCUUUCCUGCAGGGUUUUGACAAUGCCCUCCAUCAAGUUAAGAAGGCCUACCCCGACCUGGAUGUUUCAAACAUUAAAGUUGAGGACCAAGCUCAAACCUCCGCCAUGCCCGUCGCCUCAGAGGACACUUACAACCUUUUUGCUGAGGAUGCAACUCAAGGCGACAGAGAGUUAGCUCUGGCCCAGAAUGCCCAAGGUCAAGUUCAAAUUGUGGGAGAUGACACACGUCAGGAGAAGGACGCAGACCCUCAGGAGUAGAUUUUUUU